AUCAAGCCUCGAAAAAAGGUCAGGUUUUUCCCAUCCCUUGGACGUCAUUGCCACUUCAAACAAGCCAAUCAAUACCGUCUUCCUCAACUUAAAUCAUUGUUCUUCAGAACUUUUGCCAAUUAUCUAAUCUAUUUCUCCCUCCUCCUCUCCCUUUAACUUCAUCUAAUAACAACUACAAGGGAAGGUCUCAACUCAAGAUAGAACCCUCCCUUUAAUCCCCGCUUCUCUUUGCUCCUUUCUUCAACCUCGGAAAUGAAGAAAAUGGCGACUCCUCUGCUCUUUUUCGCUACCUUUUUGUUACUUCUUGCCACGGUUCACCCAAAGGUAAUUGCUGUGGGACAACCUUCUGAGGUCAAGCUUAACUCUCGAAUCCUUCAGGAUUCAAUUGUCAAACGAGUAAAUGAAAACCCCAAGGCUGGAUGGAAAGCUGCCCUGAAUCCUAGAUUUUCUAAUUACACUGUUGGUGAGUUUAAGCACAUUCUUGGAGUCAAACCAACACCGAAGAAGGAACUUCUGGGCAUUCCUAUUAUAAGGCAUGGUAAAUCCUUAAAGAUGCCUGCCAAUUUUGAUGCUAGAACAGCUUGGCCACAAUGUAGCACAAUUGGAAGAAUUCUUGAUCAGGGUCACUGUGGUUCUUGCUGGGCUUUUGGUGCUGUUGAAUCACUAUCUGAUCGGUUCUGUAUCCAUUUUGGCAUGAAUAUAUCUUUGUCUGUUAAUGAUCUUCUCGCAUGCUGUGGCUUUUUAUGUGGAAGUGGUUGUGAUGGGGGGGUUCCAAUAUCUGCUUGGCGAUAUUUUGUGCGCUCCGGUGUUGUCUCUGAGGAGUGUGAUCCGUACUUUGAUGAUAUUGGCUGUUCUCACCCUGGUUGUGAGCCUGCAUAUCCUACUCCAAUGUGUGAGAAAAAGUGCGUUAAGGGAAACCAGCUCUGGAGUCAGUCCAAGCACUAUAGUGUCGGGGCAUAUAGAAUCAACUCAGAUCCAACUGAUAUCAUGGCUGAAGUUUAUAAGAAUGGACCUGUUGAGGUCGCCUUCACCGUUUAUGAGGAUUUUGCUCACUACAAAUCUGGAGUUUACAAGCAUGUGACAGGCAGUGUUAUGGGAGGUCAUGCAGUUAAGCUUAUCGGGUGGGGAACUUCUGAUGAUGGGGAGGAUUACUGGCUCCUUGCAAACCAGUGGAAUAAAGGCUGGGGUGAAGAUGGUUACUUCAAGAUCAGAAGGGGCACAAAUGAGUGUGGAAUCGAAGAUGAUGUGGUAGCUGGUUUACCUUCAACCAAAAAUCUUGUGAGAGAGGUAGCUGACAUGGACAAUCUUAAAGCUGCUUCAUUUUGAGAGUAAUUCAUCUAGUCAUGUCUAUUAUUAUUAUCCCUUAUCAGCCAAGAUACCUAUAUAUAUUGUUGUGCUUCACCAUAAUAAUAAUGUACCCACAUGAACUCUUAAACUUCUGAUAUAAUAUAAAAAUGGAUUGCUACA